ACAGUGUGAAGCUCUUAAAGGGUGUGAGAGGUGUGAGAGUUGGGCAGACAGACCGGUACAUUCCUAUUGGGGUCUUAUCUUUUCCGCAGUUACAGUCAGCUAGGCUAAACUGAGACACAGUCCUCUCAGAGUUCAGAACCAUCAGUCCACAAGGAGGUACCUUUCAAAACAAUUUUUAAAUAUUUUACUAGUGGUUAAAAAUUAAACACAUCGAGAAGUCAGAGGCUGGGAAAAACUGCAAGGAAAGAAGAUCUAAAUAGACAGCAAGAUACCCUUCAUCAUGAGACUAUUAACAGUCCUCAUGUUCAUUUUAUCCUUAUUUCUUUGCACUUAUGCAGUAAAGGGUAAACCUACGAGCCGAAAGAAGCCUACCCAGCAAGCUCCACUAGAUCAGCAAGAAAAUUAUUUGAUAGAAGAAUGUCUAAAUAAGAGCUAUACGGUUAAUUCUUGCAGCAAAGUUUUUUGCCAGCCCUGGCAAAGGUGUAUGGAUGGUACCUGUUCCUGUAAGCUACCCUAUCAAUGCCCAAGGAAUGGCACCUCAGUUUGCUCUGCUGAGGGAAGGACUUUUCGAACUUACUGUCAACUAAAGAGCUAUGAAUGUCAACGUUCCAAGAGCAAAUUUAGAAGCAUAGGAAGCUGUAAACUUCAAGACAACUUUGAAGUUUUCUUGAAGCCAGAAAAUGCAUCAGAGAGAUUCAUUGAAGUCGAAGUAAAUUCCCAGAAGAUGUUUAUUUGCCGGCAAGGAUGGGGCAUGAAUGAAGCAAAUGUGGUCUGCAGGCAUCUUCAUUUCCUAGAAGGGGCUGACCGCAUAGAAUUUGAACACCCAGAUGAUGCCUGGAAUUCAUCAGAAUGCCUUAAAGUGACUUGCAGAGGCAUAGAGACCAGCCUAACGGAAUGCUCUUUAGUUAGAAUGAGUAGGGGUAACAGGAAGCUUGCUAAGGUGGCAUGCCACACAAUGUCUAGAGAAUGUUCCUCUAGCGAAUUCCGCUGUGUCAACAGAAAAUGUAUCCCUUUAGAUAAAACAUGUGAUGGAAUAAAUGACUGCGGAGACCUAAGUGAUGAAUUGUGUUGCAAAGAAUGCAAAGGUGAAAGCUUCCACUGUAACUCAGAUGUGUGUAUUCCAAAGGAGUAUCUCUGUAACAAAGAAAUGGACUGCUUAACAGGAGAAGACGAAACUCACCAGUCGUGUAGAGGUGAUGAAACAGCUGAUGAAAAUGAAAGAGGAAGAGCAGAAGAAACUGAGGAGGAAUCCAUGGAUGCAGAAAGAAGAAAGAUCAAAACGUUUUUACCCCAAAUACAUUGUGGUAUUCAAAACCGCACUAUUACUCGUCGGAAGCGAAUCAUUGGCGGACUUACUGCAGGAGAGGGUGAAUUUCCUUGGCAGGUGGCAAUUAGAAGUACUACCUCUCAAGUGAACUGUGGUGGGAUUUAUAUUGGAGGCUGUUGGAUUCUCACUGCCGCACACUGUGUUAGACAAAGCUCUGUUCAUACCUAUUUGAUAUGGACUGGAAUGUUAAAUACAAUAAUUUGGCAUUCCAGGAUGGAAACCUUUACUGUGAAAAGACUGAUAAUCCACGAGGACUAUAAUUCCAAAACGUAUGAAAAUGAUAUCGCUUUGCUGGAAAUGAACAGCAAGAGUUCAGGGCAGACGUGUUUCCCACCCAACACGGUGGCAGCCUGCAUCCCCUGGUCACCUUACAUGUUCAGAGCAGGCCACCAGUGCAAAGUGUCUGGCUGGGGACGGGCAGAAGGUUAUGAAAAACAAUUUACACUUAAAUGGGGCUAUGUUAAUUUAAUGUCAAACUGUUCUGAAAUCUACAAGGAACGAUAUUUUAAAGGCAUGGAAUGUGCAGGUACAUAUGAUGGUUCUGUAGAUUCCUGUAAAGGUGACUCAGGAGGACCUUUGGUUUGUUUUGACUCUUAUAACGUAGCUUAUGUUUGGGGUAUUGUGAGCUGGGGUGAAAACUGUGGUGAAGAAGGACACCCUGGUGUUUACACAAAGGUGGCUGAUUAUUUUGAAUGGAUUAGCUAUCAUACUGGAAAGGCUGUGGUUUCUCGAUUUAAUGUGUGACAUUUGGAAUGCAAGUAUUUUCUCAUUCUCUGCUGCAAUAAUGAAAGGUUGGCUGCAGAAGACUGGGGGCAUAAUUCCAGCUCAAGUUAAGCGUGUUUCAAUUUCUUUCACUGAAAUCAAUGGACGCAAAAGUUGUUACCUCUGAUUGUGUCAUGCCCUGGCAGUUUGGCAACAAUGGCUCUCCAAAAUUUGCAUUAUUUUUUUAAAAGUCUGUUGGCCUUCUAAAAGCAAUCAUUGUUUUUUCAUUC